UGUACACUCGAAAUUAAAAUAAAGCUACAUGUCAGUUGUACCACAAUAAAAAAAAAAAAAAACCUUUCUAAGGACACUCUGGGUCUAACAUUUGGGGAGUCUAAUACCUGCCUUAGAAGGCAAAGGCUUCUGUCACCCGAUGCCACUUGCCCAGAUCUCCUCGGCUGGAGGGCGGAGUCACUGUUGCUGACCGAGGUCCUACUUACCCAGUGAUGAGAGGGGACCUUCCUUUCCCCACCCCAGGACAGUGAACUAAUAUUCAUCCCUCUGGCUUUAAUCUUGCCAAACACAGUCAUUAAGCCUGGAGUGGGUACUGAGGAUUGCCACCCGGCCUCCUUCUUGUCCUCCUUUCUUGGCAAGCAGGAGACAGCCUAGUAUCCUGGAAUGCACAGCACCCGGGCAUCCAGCUGGACCCGGCUUUGAAUCCAAGCUCUGCCAACUUACUAGCUUUGUGACCUUCAGCAAAUGAUUUAACCCUUUGGAGCCUAGUGUCUCCAGUUUUCUCUUCUAUGUGAUGGGCCUGACCGUCCCUGUCACACAGAAGACGGUUGUGAAAUGAGGUAAUGUACGAGAAGCGAUUGAUGCCACCCCGAACACGGGCUGGGUAAGGCGCUCUUUGAGAGGGGUGUUCAGAUGCGUGCGGCAUGGUCUGUGCGUCUAUCCUUGUUCUUUCCAUAAGUCAUCAAGGGCAGAGACGUUAAACUUUGUCCAGAAUGCUGUGCACAGAAUGGGGUCAGCAAAUGUUUAAUGAAUGAGUGGACAGAUGUGGAGUCGCAUGGAGACAGCAGCCCCUGGCCCCUCCAUGAUACACAUGGCCGGAACAGAAUGACUGGGGCCCCAGGGGGGACAUCUCAGCAUGACCUGAGGACACUGACCUGUGUGGUACCCCCGUAUCUCACGUCCACCUCGAGUAGGGCCAUCUCAAUGAUAGCUCUGCUGCUGACCCACUGUGGGACCUUGGGUAAGUGUCUACCCUGUCUGACCUCAGUUCGUCCUGAUGACCACUAGUGGGCCCUUCCAGCACUUAAGACCAGUGACCUCGUUCCUCUGGGCCUUUAGGGGAGGCUGCUGGAGAGCAUUAGGGACCAGGACUCUUACUGCCUUGAGCAAUGCAAAUUCCCUUUUCUUUCAGAUGCAUUUCAUCUUCUCCAAUGAGGUGGUGCUUCUGUUUGAUUUCUGGAGUGUCCACAGUCCUGCAGGCAUGGCCCUUUCGGUAGUGGUGGUCCUGCUCCUGGCUGUGUUGUAUGAAAGCAUCAAGGUUGGCAAAGCCAAGCUGCUCUACCAGGCCGCCGUGAGCCUGUCCAUCCCCACCAGCCAGCUCACUGAGGAGACAGACCAGGAUUCUUCUGGCUCAGACUCACCCCCGGUCAGCAGAACCCGCCUCAGGUGGUUUUUCUGUCACUUCAGCCAGUCUCUAAUCCACGUUGUUCAGGUGGUCAUAGGCUACUUCAUGAUGCUGGCCGUCAUGUCGUACAACACGUGGAUCUUCUUCGGCGUGAUCCUUGGCUCUGCUGUGGGCUACUACCUGGCCUACCCGCUCCUCAGCAUGGUUUAGCUGGUGAGGGCUCUGCAGGCACCGGGGGCCAGAGCGAGCUGCGGCCCCCUCCUGCAGACACCGAGCUUCCAGCCCUGUGUCUCCCGUGUCUUCUGAUGGUUGUUCCUCGCCACGCUCCCAGCUCCUGACACGUCCUGCCGAUGCCAACACUUGCUGCUCAGAGUUCAGAGGCCCCUGCAGCUACCUCUGCCCUCAGCCAGCCUGGACGGGGCCCAGGCUGGGCGUUUUGUGCCUGAAUAAGGCUGCUGUGACCUCAGGGAGAAUGAAGAGACCAGAACUUGAGGGCAGAGUUGCUGAGCCCAUGAGGACUUACCUCUCUGACUCAAGAUUAAGAAUUUCCAAAGAUCUUCAAGACAGGGAGAGGGGUUCUGGGUGAUGAAGGCCACGGAAGCUGCAUACCUUCUGCCCUCGCGUUUUGUGCCUUAUAAAGAGGAGCACCUACCACUGGACUUCCUGACCUCUUCUGUAUUUGAGGGACGGAGAUCGAGAUUGCUCCUUUGUCUCACCUUUCUGCCUCUGGGGCACAUAAAGAUGGUCUGUUCUGCGGAUCGCGGUGACAAACUAAGAUUUUUCAUUUUUUCCCACUAAA